CGCGAAGACGUUUGUCAGCUGGUCUUUCCGAUAUCAAACAAGGCAGCAACAAGUUGAAUAGGGUCACUUAUUUUCCACAGUCUGCGUUCAAAAUGAGAGAAGCGAAGGGUCCGAGUGGCCGUCGUAAAAACACCAAACUUUAACUAAACCCGGCGUUGGGCUCAACUGCUUUUCCACACACUUCGGUGACCCUCAUGGAAGGAAGAGUUUUAUUGUCCCGACGCUAGACAGAUAGUUAGCUUGAUGGCUAAUGUUAGCUAUUUGUCUGGUAAAGACAUGAUGGCCACUCGAGAGAUACGACAGAAAUAUCGCCGUCCGCCGGUGAUGAUAAAGCAGGAGCAGGAUGACGAUUCAGACGCGGAGGAGCCUCAGUUGGGACUGAAAAAGUCGGACGGACGAGAAUCUCAGAUAAUCCACAGCGGACACUUCAUGGUGUCCUCGCCCCACAGCGAGCACCCCCCUAAGAAAGGAUACGACUUCGACACUGUCAACAAACAAACUUGCCAGACGUAUCAUUUCGGGAAGACGAGCACAUCACACCUCUCCAUAGACGCCUCACUGACUAAACUGUUCGAGUGUAUGACCCUUGCAUACAGCGGUAAGUUAGUAUCUCCCAAAUGGAAGAACUUCAAAGGCCUCAAACUUCUGUGGAGAGACAAGAUCCGUCUCAACAAUGCCAUUUGGAGAGCCUGGUAUAUGCAAUAUGUGGAGAAAAGGGAAAAUCCUGUGUGUCACUUUGUGACUCCACUCGAUGGGACUAUGGACUCAGAGGUUCAUCGUCCUGCAGAGGUCAUUGCCACAGAGGGCAAAUACUGGAAAAGAAGAAUUGAAAUCGUUAUAAGAGAGUAUCACAAGUGGAGAACAUACUUCAAGAAAAGGUUACAGAAGCACAAGGAUGACGACCUCUCAAGCCUGCUCAAGGGGCCAGAGGAGCAGUUUUCACUGUUUGGGGAAGUCUCUCCAGACAUGCUCCGUGUCUCCUUUUGUCAGGAUGAAGAGACUGCUGCACGCCGUGUGCCUCGUAAGCAUCAUGAGUCGCCUGUCCCUAUGGAGAUGGACUCCCUCUUUGACAUGGAUGUUCUGAUGUCUGAGUUUUCAGACACAUUGUUCUCUACGUUGGCUUCACACCAGCCCAUAGCCUGGCCCAAUCCCAGGGAGAUUGCUCAUGCAGGAAACGCAGAUAUGAUCCAACCAGGACUGAUCCCUUUACAACCCAACCUAGACUUCAUGGACUCCUUUGAACCUCUCCAAGACUUAUUUCACAGCCUCCGUCAGCCCGUCCUCCCCCCUGUUUCCCCCACUGCAUCAUCUGUCACCCCUCUACCCAGCAGCAGCUCUCAGUCACAGGUCCAGUUGAUGUCCUCCAUGCAGCUCUCAGCUGACCACAUCUCCUCGGCUGGCACCCUGCCCGCCCCGUCCCCAAUAUCCAGUCAAACCUGUGGAACAGAUGCUCACGAUUCUGCCUACGUGCAGAACUACAUGCCUCUCUUCCCUGGGCAGGUGGCUUCCAGUGCUCAAGCAGCAGUUUCCUCAGUCUCUCAGCCCUUAGGCCACGGUCCGAUGGCUCACUGCCUUCCAGGUCAGGGCAUCGGCACAACAGCAGAGAUGGUUCCCUCACCCCUGGACAAUCGGUCAGCACUGGAUGAGAACGGAGUGUCAUCUGUGAUUACAUAUACAGCCUCCUCCACUGUCACACCCAGUGAUGCUGCUACUACCUUUAGCCACAGCUCAGAGUACAGCUCCUUGUCCACACAACCUGCACCUCCACUCACACCAUCCCAACUCCAGCCUCUGGCACCGCUGGCUGCCAGCUCCCUCCAGCCCCCCCAGGCUUUUGCCCUGCCUCGCCCUAUUCAGUCUUCCAGUGCCAAACGAACCCGUCAUAUGCAAAGGAUUGUUCCCGCUAACACCCUCCCCUCCUCUCACCUCAUCCUCACAGGUCAUACCAAUGCAGUUAUUGUCACACCAACACCUCUUACAGCAGAUGUGGUGCCUAAUACAGGAGUGGUCAUCGCUUCUUCUUGUCUUGGAGGGACUCCUGGAUUUCAUAUCCUGCCUCAGACACACAAGUCUCCCCAGCCAAUUGUUCUCAAAGAAGAGACUUAUUCCAACCGUAAGAGCCAGAAAGCCUCAUCUAGUGUUGUUCGCUGUCGGCAAGGCUCAGGUCAAGGGUCACCAUGUGGGUCAGACCAGGUCCCUAGUCCCCAGUCACCGCUCAGCAGCAGCACAGUUCUGUCAAAGAAUGAGCCAAACCAGACCCAAAGGGUGACCCACAUAUCUGCUGAGCAGAAGAGGCGAUUCAACAUAAACAUUGGCUUUAAAACACUUUGCAGCCUGGUUCCCACCCUCAGGUCCCAGUCAAAUAUCAGUAAUGCCGCCACGCUGCAGAAGACUGUAGACCACAUUGGGAAGCUCCAGCAGGAGAGACAGCAGAUGCAGGAAGAGGCCAGGAGGCUUCGAGAGGAGAUUGAGGAGCUCAAUACCUCCAUAAACUUAUGUCAGGAGCAGCUGCCUGCAACUGGAGUGCCCAUUACACAUCAUCGCUUUGACCACAUGAGAGAGAAGUUUGAUGAAUACGUGAAGAGCCGCACUCUCCAAAACUGGAAGUUCUGGAUUUUCAGCAUCAUUAUCAAGCCUCUUUUCGAGUCAUUCAAUGGGAUGGUGUCCACUACAAGCAAAGCCGAGCUGUGUCAGACCACACUGCAGUGGCUGGACCGCCACUGCUCCCUUCCUGUACUCCGACCUAUGGUGCUCGGUACCCUUCGCCAGUUAAGCACAAGCACAUCCAUUCUUGCUGACCCAUCCCUGCUGCCUGAAGAAGCCAUCCAGGCCGUCACAAACACCCAGAAGCCUUGCGGAGACUCGUAGCUUUGCUAGGGGAGGUGAGGUGGCCUGGAGUCCACUGCAUCAGGUCAUGGUGAAUCUUCCAAAAGUGAUCAUCAAAUUGAUGUGUCAGUGGUUUACCUUAUAGCCAAUCAAAAAGGUUACUCUCUACGUCUUCCAAUCACCAUUACUUCCCCUCAUAUGCAAGCUGAGUAUGGCUUUCUUUCACAGUUUACCUCACAGCUAUAUGUACAGUGGUCAUACAUAAUUUUGUCCAUUGGUACAUUGAUUCAUAAUAAUGAUACACACUGAGAACCCCACCUUUAACACCACCCAUAGCCCGAAAUUUGCCUUUAUCAUGAAAUAAAUUUUAAUGCUAACAGCGACACCACUACCUUCUGCUUUAACCGCAUUUGCUCUAAAAUACUUUUAUUGGAAGGCGGUACUUUCUGGUUGGCUUUUAGAACAAAAUAUGAUCUAUGUAAACGGGAACGACGUUUGGAAUGCAGCAAUGCAUGUUUAAAAGGGAAAUACUGACUGAGUUAGUGCAUUUUUGGUUCUCUUGGAUGUUUCUGCAAGGACAAGAGAGGAAUGUAGCAUUUGUUACAGAUUGGCUAGCAAUAUGAUUUUGAGCUCUUUGCGGGCCCUAAAAUAAUAUAUGUUGACUCCCAGAAAGGCUUUAGCCCAGAAUCAAAGUGAUCACUUCAAAGCCUGCUGAAGUUGAUCACCCAGGGGCUUGUCUGUGCUUUAUCAAUACUAGGAGGAUGUGCCCGUUGUGCUUUCUGUGUACAUACUCUGCAUCCCUCAUUGACUCAGGUGAAUCCACAUCUUUGGCAUUUAAUAGUCCUGUUUCUGGAGGCUCUCCGUCCAUGCUGAACAUGUGUCCCUUUGUCACUUGCUUGCACAGCCCAUUUCUUCUGGGCUAAAUUGUGUAAAUUGUACAAGAGAGCAAUAUGUCGCCUCUGGGCAUGUCACAUUAUGUAUAAAGAACACUUAGAGCCCCAUAGGGUUAUCAAGUCACGUAACUGAAAUAGCAAUACAGAAAGAUAUAUACUUACAACUAGAGCUUAGUUGUAUGCACAGUAGUGGUAGCUCCCUUUCUUCUUCCUUGUUCACUCAGGGCUGCGCUGGUGAGCGUAAAUAUCCUUUUAACCAUGAACAAAACAAAGACAUGUUGGCUGUAAGAGUGCAGGUUACAUGACAUGGCCUGAUUUUGCAAUGUUUUCCUUUUCUUCAUGAUAAAGUUACACUAAUUUGUGACGUGCGCCCAAUAACAGACCUUAACUGACGGCUCUCAGAAGUUGGUUGGCUGUUGUUCUGCCGCUUUGCUCAUAUCAAGAGAUACACCACAUUGAGAACAGGUUGAAAGCCAUAUCGAAAUGUAUCUACAUGUUCCGUCAGUUUCACGUUUUGUUUUGUUUUUUGUGUGUGUGUGAUAUUUACUUCAAAUUUGACAAAGCACUCUGCUUGAAGGCUUGAGAAACGGACACAGUUUAGUUUUGUCAGUAUGUCUGCCAUACAUCAGUCAGUGUUUCCUCUGUGUUCAUUUAGCAGUGGUGCACCACCACUGCAAGAGAAAAGGUGAAAUUAAAAUAAACGCUGUAAUUGCAUCUUACUAUUAUCUGAAACUCAAAGUAUAGCCUGUUUUUUAGUUUUUACAGGUAAUGAUUUUAAUUUGAUUAAAAUAAUUUUUAGUAUUAGAAUCUCAACUGGAACAAUAACUUAGGCCCAAUCAGUAAUGGAUAUGGUCACUCAAAAGCACCAAAGCUGCACACAUUUACAGGGGAAACACAGCGAUCAACCAUAAACAUACAAUGUAAUAAAGUGCAGUUACCUUCUACCUUUGCAGGGUGAUUGGCUUGUCUGUUUUUUGCUUGUUGUUUUAUAACGUCCAGCUCUUGCCAACACUCCUCAGGCAGUCUUAAACAGAGCUGCUGGCUUGUGUUGCUCUUAAUUUAUUUCUUUUCUGCAGAACAUUGUGAGUUUACUAAGCAGGUUUUACUGUAGCAAAAAGCACCCAAGACAGUGAUGAUUUUGUUUUUAUUUCAGUGAAUGUGCAGGCUGUAGUGUGUCACCUUUCAUUAUUGAUUGCAGGUACUUUCAGAGUAGUUUUACUUCUCUGCAAGAUAUGUAUUUUAUCACUGAAGAAGUACCUGUACCCAUUUUACAAUAAGACAGGGACAGCAGGCAUAACUCAUCCCUUCAAGCCUGCGUAUAGUGCUGCCGCAGUCAAAUAUUUUUGUGACAGGUGUAAAGUUUAAAGUCACAUUUAUCAAAAAGGCUAUAUUACUACUUUAAGCAAAUAAUAAUUAAAAAAAAAAACAUGUAUGAAUGUCAUGGUUGUUUUUAUUUUGUUUGCCAGGCUGUUAAGUGUGUGGUAAAAAGUGUGACUUUUUCCUGAGGAAUGACAUGUUUUACUUAAGAAAACAGUUCCCUUGUUCAGCUGGAGGGGGGCAUUUGUGUGCUGAUAUUACACAUUUCUUUUCCAGUGAUCUUAAAAUGUUCAUGGGAAAGCCAAGUUGGUUUUCCUCCAAGUUUUAAAGAAGAGGUUUUUGUAUGAGUUUUGGAUGAUGUACAGUGUAACAUUGCAGAUUAGAUUUGCUCAUGUUGGUCCUCUUCAAAUUUAGUUUUGUACAUAUCUCCUUUGUUUUACAAAGUAAAAGAUAUUUUCUUAUGCUGCAUCUGGGUGUUUUGUUGUCCUCCAAAAGUUUGUUCCUGUCAGCAAGUUUUAAAAAUGCCUCUGAGUGUGAAUCACGAAAUAAAAGCAACUUAUUCUCA